AUGGAACGCUACAAUGUAGAAGCUGCCAAACAGCAGACUCCUAAGCAAUGGGGUCGGUCAUUCAUGAAAACUCAUCAAUCUACCACCAGAGCCUCAGACACCACCAAGCCCCGCUCAUUGAACUGGCCAAUUGUUUUUUUUCUCAUUGGCAUUCCCAUAGGGUCCAUUUUAUCUCUUUUGUGGGUUCCUAUAUACAAAGAGACUAUUCUGAUGGUGCCGGCCUGGAUGGUCCUUCGAACCCUCGCUAUUACAGGUUAUCAUCGACUAUGGUCUCACAGAGCCUAUACGGCCAGUUCACCCCUGAGGCUAGUUCUAGCCAUCAUAGGUGCCGGUGCAGGACAAGGCAGCAUUGUAUUCUGGUGUCGCGGUCACCGUGCUCACCACCGCUACGUGGAUACCGAUGACGAUCCUUACAGCAUCAAGAAAGGCUUUUUCUACGCCCACAUAGGCUGGAUGCUAUAUGAGAACGAGGGUAUUCCUUACGGUGUCCCAAUCAAUCGUCAGAUAGACAUCAGUGACCUCAAAGCGGACCCGAUCGUUCGAUGGCAGCACCGUAACUAUGUCCUUUUAUUCCUCCUUGUGGGCUAUCUUGCUCCUUCGCUUGUCUGUGGUCUACACCAUGGGGACUAUCUAGGUGGAUUUCUCUACACAGGCUGCCUUGCAGUAGCUCUAGCGCAACAAGGCACUUUCUGCGUGAAUUCCGUUGCGCAUUGGGUUGGAGAUCAGCCAUAUGCAUCCGAGAAGUCUCCAAGACAGAGCCAUUUAGCUGGCCUUUUGAUGCUUGGGGAGGGCUAUCAUAAUUUCCAUCACGAGUUUCCGAUUGAUUAUCGGAAUGGGCCUCAGUGGUAUGAUAUGGACCUGACCAAGUGGAUGAUCUGGACUCUUUCUCAGCUGGGGCUGGCCUCCAAGCUAAGGCGCUUCCCACGAAAUGAGAUUGAGAAAGGCAGGAUCCAGCGGAAGUGGGAGGUGUUGAACUCGGAAGGCAAAACGGUAAAUUGGGGUGUACCGCUUGAAAAACUCCCGAUUAUGGAAUGGGAGGAGUUCCAACAACAAGCGAGAACAGGGUGUAACUUGGUUGUGAUCAAGGGGGUGGUGCACGACGUUUCGGCAUUUGUGACUGAGCACCCUGGAGGCACAGCUUUGAUUACAGGUGCGAUCGGCAAGGAUGUGACGGAGAUGUUUGAGGGUGGAGUAUAUGCUCACUCCGGUGCAGCUGUCAAUCUUCUAGAUACUAUGAGAGUGGCCACGCUCACACCGACCAGAUCCACCUAG